AUGUUGUGGAAAUGUACAGCAGUCAUUCUUAUCCGCCUCGCAGAAUUGGGGGCAUGUUGGCCAUACGACGAGGCUCUUAUCGAUUAUAAUUUGAAUGAAAAUGAAGAAGCUACCAAUCCUGCCGAAUAUUGGGGAGAAUGGCCCGACCACGACUAUUACCCUUCUCCGGACAGCUGGAGGUUUCCAAUUUACUCACUUUUCCUUGAUCGAUUCGUAAAUGGAGACCCCACAAACGACAACAUCAAUGGAACGAUGUUUGAGCACGACUUGAAUUCAAAUCAAAUGCGUCAUGGAGGUGAUGUGGUUGGCCUGGUAGAUACUUUGGAUUACUUGCAGGGAAUGGGUAUCAAGGCAAUAUAUCUCGCUGGAACGGUUCUCAUGAACCAACCAUGGGGCUCAGACGGCUAUUCCGCACUCGACACUACUCUUCUUGACCAGCACUUUGGAACACUUCAAACCUGGAGAGAUGCCAUUACAGAAAUUCAUAAUCGUGGCAUGUAUGUCAUUUUUGAUAACACUGUUGCGACGAUGGGCGACCUCAUUGGAUUUGAGGGUUAUCUCAAUACUACAACGCCGUUUUCGAACAAGGAGCACAAAGCCCAGUGGAAGUCUGACCGUCACUAUGUGGAUUUUCACUUCGGAAAUAGCUACAACAAAUCUUGUGACUAUCCUCGUUUUUGGAACGAGACUGGCUUUCCGGUCGAGAACUUUGUUCGGGACCAGCUGACAGGCUGCUAUGACAGUGAUUUCGAUCAGUAUGGAGAUAUUGAGGCCUUCGGAGUAUACCCUGAUUGGCAACGUGAGCUUGCAAAGUUUGCCUCAGUGCAGGAUCGCCUUCGUGAGUGGAUACCUAGUGUCAGAGAACGUAUUGUCCGCCAUUCAUGCAUGAUAAUUUCGUCUCUUGACAUUGAUGGAUUCAGAUAUGACAAAGCAACGCAAGCGACUGUAGAUGCAUUGGGCGACAUCUCAGGGGCAUACCGUGAAUGUGCUCGGAAGGUUGGAAAGCAAAAUUUCUUUCUUCCAGGAGAGAUCACAGUCGGAAAUAACCUAGGCUCCGUUUUUCUUGGGCGUGGUAGACAGCCUGAUAUGCUUCCAGAUACACUCGACCAGGCCUUUGGGUUGACAAAUGCAUCAGACUCGACGUACUUCCUUCGUGACGAAAACCAACAAGCCAUCGAUGGUGCUGCCUUCCAUUACUCUAUCUACCGAUCAUUGACACGCUUUCUGGGAAUGGAUGGAAACCUCGCAGCAGGAUAUGAUAUUCCUGUCAAUUGGACUGAGGCCUGGUAUGAGAUGGUUCUCACUAAUGACCUUGUCAACGCCAACACUGGCAAAUUUGACCCGCGUCACAUGUAUGGGGCAACUAAUCAAGAUGUCUUCCGCUGGCCAGCUAUGUCUCAGGGUAUUGAAAGGCAUCUUCUAGCUCUCUUUAUCACAACAUUACAUCUACCUGGAAUCCCGCUUCUGCUCUGGGGUGAAGAGCAAGCAUUUUACAUUCUUGAUGCUACAGCUUCCAACUACAUUUAUGGUCGUCAAGCGAUGUCUCCAGCCACAGCUUGGAAAACACAUGGCUGCUUUCAGCUUCCCUCAACGCAAUACUUCCAUUGGCCAAUUGAGUCAGGGCGACUAGGUUGUCAUGAUGAAGCUGCGACGUACGAUCACCGAGACCCCUCUCAUUUCAUGCGAAACAUCAUCAAACAUAUGUACCAAAUGAGAGAGGAUUUUCCGGCAUUGAACGAUGGGUGGUGGAUACAAUUGCUUUCAAAUCAAACACAUGAAUUAUUUUACCCGGGUUCGAAUGGUGUUCCCACCGAAACAGGCAUGUGGUCAGUCCUCCGAAGCCCAUACUACCAGAUGCAAGACCUUGGCGAAACAGGAAAUCAGACUAUUUGGUUUGUCUACCAAAAUGACAAUAAGACUGUGACUUACGAUUUUGAUUGCUCUGAUCAAGAUCAAGCCCUUAUUGCCCCAUUUACAACCAAUACUACCGUGAAGAAUCUGUUUUAUCCACAUGAUGAGCUCACUUUGAAGGAUGGGCCUAUCAAGUUGGGAUUGAAUGGUUCCCAGGAAUUUAACGGCUGUGUCGAUAGCUUAGUCUUUCAGCCUUACGAGUUUAGGGCCUACGUUCCUAUCGAAAGGUUUAUACCUCCGCGACCAACGAUCACGAAAUUCACUCCUGGGCAUGAUGUUCCUGUUUUGUCACGGGUCAAACCCGGAGAGAGCGAGGAUAUUGAUAUUGGAAUAUAUUUCUCAAUUGAAAUGAACUGCACCCUGCUUACGGAGUCUAUAUCAUUAGAAUCAGUGACUGAAGUGGACACAGUACCUUCAAUCGAUUUAGAGACCGUUGAUUGUGGAGUGAUAGACUCCGAAGACACAGCAUAUACUGGGCAGAUCCCGACUGCUUGGGGCUGGACGGCCACUUUGACCGGUGUUCACAAUGGUAUCCAUCGGCUCACAGUGAAGAAUGCCACGAGCAGCGAUGGAAGAUCCACAAAUUCAAUCGAUCACUUUUUGAUUCGAAUCGGUCAACAUGACAAUCCUAUGAUCUUCACCUCCGCCAACUACUCCAGUAGUUUGCUCCAUAUAAAUUCAAAUGGAGGUCUCUUUCUCCAACAACAUGCAGCUGGAGCAGACAUGUUUCGCUACUCAACGAACUGGGGUACAACAUUCUCAAAGUGGCUCCCAUAUAUCGGUGGCAACCAAACAAUCAAAGAGCAACCAUGGUCUGGAACUAAACAGCAAAGGUGGAAAGGCAAGCAUAAGGCGAUGGCCCCGAUUGGCAUAUACCUCGGCGCUUCCCCCCACAUGUUCUUCAACGGGCCUUUCAACGAAUAUGGAUACGAUGCAGGCUUGGCAAAUGUGGUCAAGCAGGACAGUGAUAGCAUUUGGAAAUUCCGCUUCAUGGCUGAAUGGCCUGCUCAGGGUCAACUUAAUGUAUGGGGUAUCAAUCCGGAUGGGCAACCUGAUCAAAGCUAUAUUUUUGGAGAUUCCGACGGGGACUCCGUCCUAGAUCGUCUUCCGCCAUCCUCCCUCAGUACAACAACAAUCAACAUCACGGAGCACCCUCCAAGUCCACACCUGGCUUGGAGAAUCCAUCUUGAUGAUGCGACUCUGCGGUUCAAACUAGUUCCAGCUGGGUCAGAGUAUGUACAAUUGGCUCUCUUCAUUUUACUCUGGAUUGUUCCCGUCCUCACCGCAACGGCAUGUGCAUAUGUCUUCAAGAAGACCUUUUAUAGGAUUAAGUUCAAUCAGAUUGGUGUAAGCGAGAAGAAGACGCUCAUCUCGCUAGACAUUCUAAACAGGCUGAGACCAGAUAACGGGGAGUCUGGGGAGCCAAGAAGCCUGAUCGCUCGCCUCGCGAACAAAUCUAGGUUCCUCCAAAGUACUUCCGCCUUUGGCAAUCGCACUUCACAUCGCAGAAAAGUUCUUAUUGCAACCAUGGAGUAUGACAUCGAUGAUUGGGGAAUCAAGAUCAAAAUUGGUGGAUUAGGUGUCAUGGCACAGCUCAUGAGCAAACAGCUCGGUCACCAGGAUCUGUUUUGGGUCAUUCCCUGUGUGGGCGGUAUAGAAUAUCCAGUGGACAAACCUGCAGAGUCGAUGUUCGUAAUGAUCCUCGGUAAUUCAUACGAGGUUAAGACGCAAUAUCACACUCUGCGGAACAUUACCUAUAUUCUCUUGGAUGCACCUGUCUUCCGGCAACAGUCAUUGACAGAACCUUAUCCAGCCCGCAUGGAUGACCUGGACAGCGCCAUCUACUAUUCGGCUUGGAACCAGUGCAUUGCUCAAGCCCUCAAAAGAUUUCCAGUCGAUUUGUAUCAUAUCAACGACUACCAUGGCGCAAUAGCUCCUUUAUAUCAGCUCCCAGAGACAGUCCCUAUCUGCCUCUCCUUGCAUAACGCCGAGUUCCAAGGAUUAUGGCCUAUGAGAACACAGAAAGAGAAGACUGAAGUUUGCUCCGUCUUCAAUCUCGAUAUGGAUGUAGUCACUCGCUACGUGCAAUUUGGCGAGAUCUUCAAUCUACUGCAUGCCGGCGCAAGCUAUUUAAGACUCAAUCAACAAGGCUUUGGGGCCGUUGGGGUGUCUAAAAAAUACGGCAAGCGUUCGUUUGCACGUUACCCAAUCUUCUGGGGUCUGAAGAAAGUCGGAAACUUGCCAAACCCAGAUCCAUCCGACACAGGAGAGUGGAGCAGAGAAUUACCUAAGGAAAAUGAAAUCAGUGUUGACACCGAAUACGAAUUUCGAAGGGCUGAGUUUAAACGCCAGGCACAGGAGUGGGCCGGUCUACAUCAAAUUCCUAAUGCUGACCUCAUGGUGUUUGUUGGCAGGUGGUCUAUGCAGAAGGGAAUCGAUCUGAUUGCAGAUAUCCUGCCAGGCGUUCUAGAAGCGAGGCCAAAUGUCCAGCUAAUAUGCGUGGGACCUGUCAUCGAUUUAUAUGGGAAAUUUGCAGCCCUCAAAUUGGACCGAAUGAUGAAGUUAUAUCCAGGUCGCGUCUUCUCAAAGCCUCAAUUUACUGUCCUACCGACUUUCAUUUUCUCAGGCGCAGAAUUUGCGCUUAUUCCCUCUCGAGACGAGCCAUUCGGCCUAGUUGCUGUUGAAUUCGGCCGCAAAGGUGCUCUUGGAAUUGGUGCUCGAGUAGGAGGACUUGGCCAGAUGCCUGGUUGGUGGUAUACUGUUGAAUCGACAACGACCUCACAUUUGCUCAAGCAGUUCAAGCUUGCCAUCGAUAGUGCUUUGAAUUCAAAACCCGAGGCCCGAGCCAUGAUGCGAGCGAGGUCGGCCAAACAACGCUUUCCAGUUGCCCAGUGGAUUGAAGAUUUAGAAAUUCUUCAAUCAACAGCAAUCCGUAUUCAUAAUAAAGAGCGUGCGAAAGCUCAGGCAUCAUCAACGGCGACUGCAUCAGCAUACAAUGCCAUCUAUGGAAUGAUGACGCCUCAGGCUGCUGUGUCGACAAGGUCUGGUCCUUCAAGUGGUACGAUAACACCACCUCUGCAAUCCUCCAGCCGACCCGGGACAUCUUCAAUGCAGCGCAGCUCAAUCAUUUAUAGCCGUGAUCCCAGUCCAGGCUCUGAUGUGCGACCUAAAUCUGGCCUCAGUCGACAGCUAUCUUUUGGCGUAGGCGUUGGUCCAAGGCCUGUAUCUGCUCCCUCAGAGGGUCGUGGGAGAGCGGAUGCUGGUAAGGGGAGUACUGUUAAUAUUGAAGAGUCCUCGUGCGUGACAUCUCCAGAAAUCGACGAUGACAGUGAGGACGAAAUGAUGUCCACUUGUUAUGGGGAAGACGAAUACCCGAUGGCCCCUGAUUCGGCUGAGGCAGGGCUUCGAAUAGAUGGAUCGUCCACCCAGUCUUCCGGUAUUCCCUUAACUCGAGAAGUCCUGUCCGCUCGACAUUCGAGUCAAGGUUCCGUCUUCGGUCGCUCCGUUGGCACUCCCUCGAGUUCCGCGGCGCCGAGCACUACAGGGACUGAAGAUACACUUCUGCCUCCAUCACGUCCAUGGGCAGAGCCAGGGAGUCGUCUCAGUAGCGCAUCUGUCCUUUCUGUCGAUUCGGUGGUAGGCGAUAAGAAAGACUAUAAGUUGCAAAAAGUCGAUCCUUUCUUCACGGACAGCAAUGGAGAGUACUAUAGAAUCUUCGAAAAGAAACUGGAAGAGUUGAACGGCACCAACUCGGACUCGCAGCUUUGCAUUGAGCAAUACCUUGAGAAAAGCGAAAAGAAAUGGUUCGAUCGAUUCCGGGACGCACGAUUAGGACGCAACCAAUCCCCAGCUCCUUCAACGCAUCUCAGCAAAAACGGAGGCUCGCGUGGCGGGUCUCCGCCAGGCUCCAUCACCAACGAUGAUACAACAUCCCACGAGAGUGGUGUACCUGAGAGAAAAGACGCAAAUAACAACGAUGAAUUUCUUCUUGGCGAUGAUUAUGUCCCACCUACUGGCCUUAAGAAAUGGAUGCAAAUGCGCAUUGGCGACUGGCCGGUUUACUCCUUGUUCCUGGGUCUCGGCCAGAUCAUUGCUGCUAAUUCCUAUCAAAUCACAUUGCUCACCGGUGAAGUUGGCCAGACAGCAGCAAAGCUGUACGGAAUAGCGACGGUGUAUCUCAUCACCUCUAUUCUGUGGUGGCUUUUCUUCCGGUUCUGCAAAUCAAUUCAUGUCUUAACUGUACCCUGGUUCCUAUACGGCCUGGCAUUUUUGAUAAUCGGAAUCGCUCACUUUGAGCACGAUUCUUAUGCUCGUGGGUGGAUCCAAAACGUGGGCAGUGGCAUCUAUGCAGCUGCAUCAUCCAGUGGCUCCAUUUUCUUUGCGCUCAACUUUGGCGACGAGAGCGGCGCACCUGUCAAGCAGUGGGUUUUCCGUGCCUGUUUGAUUCAGGGUACACAGCAGGCCUAUGUCAUUGCUCUCUGGUACUGGGGAUCAACAUUAACAAAGGCAAGCAAUGCUGGCAAUGCAAAUGUGCAAGGCUAUAUCACCAAUACCUGGAGAAUGACAGCUAUCUGUACGCCAAUCACUGCUUUCUUGUGGACAAUUGGCCUGCUGGUGUACUUCGGCCUACCAAACUAUUAUCGCCAGACGCCGGGCAAAGUUCCAUCAUUCUACAAAUCAGUGUUCCGGCGCAAGAUUGUCCUUUGGAACUGGGUGGUCGUGAUCCUACAGAACUUCUUCCUCAGUGCGCCUUAUGGUCGCAAUUGGAAUUUCCUUUGGAUAUCCAAUCACGCGAAACCAUGGCAAAUUCUCUGCCUCUGUGUUGCUUUCUUCGGGUUCGCAUGGAUAGCAAUCCUCUUUUUGUUGGGCUAUAUAUCCAAAUCCCACAGCUGGAUCCUACCCAUAGUAGCCUGCGGCCUCGGCGCCCCUCGCUGGGCUCAAAUCUGGUGGGGCACCAGCGGAUCAGGCCUCUUUCUCCCUUGGGCAGGCAGCUAUGUUUCCGGGGCCCUGGUAUCUCGCAGUCUGUGGCUAUGGCUCGGUGUGAUGGAUGCCCUGCAAGGCCUGGGCUUUGGCAUGAUUCUCUUGCAGACGCUGACACGGAUGCAUAUUUGUUUUACGCUGCUGGUGUCGCAGGUAAUUGGUUCUAUCGCAACUAUCUGUGCAAGAGCUUUUGCGCCAAAUAAGAUCGGGCCAGGGCCUAUUUCCCCAGAUAUUACGGCUGGAGCCGGGGCGCUGGGAAAUGCGUGGUUUUGGAUUGCGCUUAUUCUUCAACUUAUGAUUUGUGGUGGCUUCCUUAUGUUCUUCCGCCGGGAACAGCUUUCAAAGCCUUAA